GAAGACGUAGAACCAGCAAGCCAGAAGGUGGACGCGAGCCUGGCGGCGCUCACGCGCAUGGCGCACAACACCGAGUGCCUGGACAGCAUCCUUUCCGGUCUUCAGCGCCACCUGGCUGCCAUCAUCGAGCUAACGCUGCUCGUGGACGGCGACCGGCUCCAGCGUCCACUCGCGGCACUCUUUAACCGCAUCCUGUUGACGGUGACAACCGAGCAGAGCGACACGGGAGACCCGGCGGCCGACGAGGACCUGGUGGCUGCGCACAUGUGUCAACUUCUACGCGUGGCGCUGAGCAGCCUGCGCGGUGGACAGGCACUGCAAUUCACCGCUCUGCUGCUCAUCAACAAGCUGGUUGACCUGGGCGUUGCCCGGGGCCUGGCGAUGAGGCCCAGCCGCAACCGAUCAUCCGGCCGCUGCUCGGCGCACAGACUCGCCGCACUGUGGCACCAGUCAUCGAGCGUCAAGGAGAACCACGGCUUCCAACCUCUGCCCUCGGUGUUCCCUUGGAAAGUGCCCAAGGCCCCCGAUCCGCCACCGGGCCGCUGGUGGUGGUCAUGGCGGUCGGGCGGCCGCGACCCGGCUGCCGAUGCCGAGCCACCGUCCCGCGCCAGCCGGCCCAGCUUCCUGGCCAUUUUGGCUGACGAGGGCGUCGACUUCCUGCUCAACAUGCUCAACAAUGCCAUUACGCUGCACAAGCGCGUCGUCGGCACUCGCCACCACUGCACGCCAUCCCACCGAUGGCGACAUUGCAGCUACCACUGCCUACAGAUUCUGAGUGCGCGGGCCGUCCUUUUCAUGAGCCAGAACACCGACGUCCAGAACAAACUGGUCGAGGAAGCCCACCUCAAGAUAUUGGUGAACGCGUUGGAUUCCACACACGACCCCCAACUGCUUUGCCUUGUGCUGCAAAUCGUCGCCACGCUGGCUCUGGUUCCCGACCACCACACGGCGCUCACGGACGCCGAGCUGCCGGACAGCCUGACGCAGCUGGUCCUUCCAUCAGACGAGUGGUAUUACACCAACCACAGCACCAAGUACGCGCGCUACGUGAAGCAUCACGCCGCCAGGGUGCUCGUCUAUCUGGGCAUGGAACAGCGCCUGCGCAACAAGGUGUAUCUUUUCGACCUGAUAGAGGACCAGGCAGCCCCAUCGACGCCUAUGCUUGACAGCAGUGAAGACGGCUACAUCGUCGACACGUCGAUGCCCCCCUGCGCCGUGUACGACUCGGCACAGCGGCUUGUCGGCAUGUCCGUUGAGACAUUCGUACUCGACAUGCUCAAGCACGCCGAGAGCCUGACCUGCUCAAUUGGCAAAAAGAGCGCGCCUCAACUACAGAAGUCUUUCCUCGACUUCAUUUUCGAUCCAGUCAGUAAGUACACGAAUGAACUCGCAGUCUGCUUCAGUUCGUAUUCGCAGGAGGCGAGCGGGGUGCACUUCCACCUGUCAGCACUACAAAUGGUGCUACCGCCGGUGAUUGUAGUGCGACUGCUCCAGCACCGGCUGCUGGGCACCGCGCAGGCGGCGCGCCGCGGAGCGCCGUCGCGCGCCAGCAUCGCUUCCGAGAACCGAAGCCGAGCGGGCUCGUCAGCCGACACCGAGGAGUCGCUGCGCGAACGGCGCCACAUCGCGCUCACGGUCAACUGUGCGCCACCCGGGCCGCCUUCCUGGACACGGGCCUCGUCCGUCGAGGAGCGCCGAGAGUCCAUUCGACACGCCGACAGCAAGCAGGUAACUGUGGUGGCUCCCGACGGUGGACCCGAACCAUCGCCAGCGUCAUCUCCGGCUGGGCGGCGAACCUUCAAGUUUUCGAGUCUCAAGAAGCGCGCAAGCAAGACGCCGGCCGUCAACCAAGACCAGCCCUCCCGGACGACCAGCGAGGCCGACAUUGCGGCUUUUCAGAAGGAGCUGCAGAACUUACCAAACUUCGAGACGCUGCUGGUGGCUGGCGACAAAGCCAGAUUCCAGACCACAUCGAAGAAUCUGCGCGCGUACGCAGUGUGGGACAGCAAGCGUGUGCCAGAAUAA